UCUGUUUCCUCCAUUUUCAAACCAAAGGGUUUCAAUUUCGGUUAUAGAUUAUGUAUCAGACAAUUUGUUUCUUGAUAAUUUACCAACUAACUGAUAUUAGUUUAUUUUAUACUUUUGAAUUAUAAUUCUGUUUAUUUAUUAAAAAUGUUGUGACAACUAGAACCGGCCCUAAUUUUGAAAAGAUAUUGUUUAAUAUUUGACUUUUCUGUCUUACAGCUAUUUGUGUACAUGUAAUUCUGGUGUUUCAGAGUUAAUAGAAAUGUCUGAUGAAAUUAAGUCUUUAUGUGGGCUUACUCACGUGAAACCAGAACCACUCGACCCAUAUGAAGAUGGACUUUUUCACGUGAAACAAGAAAGAGAAAUGUUUAUCCCAGAUGAAGUUCUCAAAAAUGGUGUCAAAGAAGAGGAGAGACAUCAGAUUUAUUAUGAUCCGCUUGUUCAAGUGAAACAAGAAAGAGAGAAGAUUAUUUUUCGAGAUGAAAUUGCCACAAGUGAUAUCAAAAACGAGGAAGGACAACAGAUAUAUUAUGAUGGGCUUGUUCACGUGAAACAAGAGACAGAUGUGAUUAUCCAAGAUGAAGAUGCCAACAACAGUUGCCUUAAAGAUGAGGAAUCUUAUCAAUGCUAUCAUUGUGACUUCAUAUGUGCCACACGUCAUCGGCUGAAAAGACAUAUGAUAACGGUCCACAUAGGUACCAAUAACAGUAAAGGAAAGGAAUCCACACCUCAUGAUUUAAAAAGACAUACAAAGACUCAUCACACUGAUAAAAGGCCUUUUCAAUGUCAUCUCUGUAAUUAUAAAUCAGUACAACAUAAAAAUAUGAUAAAACAUAUAAUGAUGCAACAUGAAGGUGAGAAGCCUUAUCACUGUCCUCAGUGUGAUUAUAAAUCUGUUACUCUCUAUAAUUUAAAAAGACAUACAAUGUCCCGCCACACACCUGAGAAGCUUCUCCACUGUCCUCACUGUGAUUAUAAAUCAGUAUUAUUGAAUAAUGUAAAAAAUCAUAUUAUGUCCCGUCACACAGGUGAGAAGCCUCACCACUGCCCUCACUGUAAUUAUAAAUCAGUAACAUUGAUAAGUAUUAAACAUCAUAUAAUGACCCAUCAUACAGGUGAGAAGCCUCAUCACUGUCCUCAAUGUGAUUAUAAAUCUACUACUUCUGGUCAUUUGAAAAACCAUAUAAUGGCCCGUCACACAGAUGAGAAGCCUCAUCAAUGUCCUCACUGUGAUUAUAAAUCACUAGCAUCUAGAAGUAUCAAAUUUCAUAUAAUGGCUCGUCAUACAGGUGAGAAGCCUUAUCAAUGCUAUCAUUGUACUUAUAGAUCAGUUCAAUAUAGAGAAUUGAAAAUUCAUAUACUGACUCAACACACAGAUAAAAAACCUCACCACUGUCCUCAUUGUGACUUUAAAUCAUUAUAUAUUGGAAAUAUAAAAAGUCAUAUAAAGGCCCGUCACACUGACGGGAAGCCUCAUCAAUGUCCUCAAUGUAAUUAUAAAUCUGCUAUACCUAGUAAUUUGAAAAGACAUAUAAUAGCCCAUCAUACGGACGAAAAGCCUCAUCGAUGUACUCAAUGUAAUCACAAAUCUCUUACACCUAGUCUUUUGAAAAUACAUAUAAUGGCUAGUCACACAGGAGAGAAGCCUCAUCACUGUCCUCAAUGCGACUUUAAAUCGGUUUAUUAUGGAAGUUUGAAAAAACAUAUAAUGAUCCGUCACAUACAAGAGAAGCCUCACCAAUGUCCUGAGUGUGGCUUUAAAUCUGUUACAUCUGGUAAUUUGAAAAGACAUAUAAAAGCCCGUCACACAGAUGAGAAGCCCCAUCACUGUCCUUAUUGCGACUUUAAAUCAUCUCAUAGUGGAUGUGUGAAAAGACAUAUAGUGUCCCACCACAGAGGUCAGAAGAAGCCUCAUUACUGUCCUCAUUGUGAUAUGAAAUUUGCUGCAUCUGCUCAGUUGAAAAAACAUAUAGGGGCCUAUCAUGUAGGUGAGAAGCCUUAUCAUUGUUUUCACUGUGAUUAUAAAUCUAAAACUGUUAACAUGUUGAAAAUACAUUUAUCAGCCUGCCACAGCGAUGAGAAACGUCACCAAUGUUCCUUCUGCGACUUUAAAUCUUUUUCUUUUGAUCAUUUGAAAAAGCAUACAAUGGCCUGUCACACAGGAGAGAAGCCUCAUCAUUGUCCUCAAUGUAACUUUAAAUCUGUACAUAAAGGAAGUGUGAAAAGACAUGUAAUGGCCUAUCAUACAGGUGAGAAGCCUUAUCACUGUUCUCACUGUGAUAAGAAGUUUGUUACAUCUCAUCAGUUGGAAAUACAUACAAUGAUCUCUCAUACAGGGGAGAAACCUUAUGAUUGUUUUCACUGUGAUAAGAAAUUCGUUACAGCUUAUGAUUUGAAAAGACAUUUAGGGGCCUCUCACACAGGUAACAAGAAGCCUUAUCAUUGUUUUUAUUGUGAUUAUAAAUCUGUCACAUUUCAACAGUUGGAAAUACAUAUAAUGAUCUAUCAUACAGGUGAGAAUCCUUAUCAUUGUUUUCAGUGUGAUAAGAAAUUUGUUUCAUCUAAUCUGUUAAAAAGACAUUUAGAGGCCUCUCAUACAGGCAAGAAGCAUUAUCACUGUUUCCACUGUGAUUAUAAAUCUGUUACAUUUCAACGGUUGAAAAGACAUAUAACGGCCCAUCACAUAGUGGGAUAAAAUCCUAAAAUGGGACAUAAGAUUUGAAGUUUUGUGUAUUGUAUUUUAUUUUCUUGACAAAUUUGAUUUCUUUUUGUAAACAGAUGAUGGAUGACCAUUGAAUGUAUAAGAAACGAUUAUUUUAAAAAUGUAUCUAAUGAUGAAAUUUAAUUCUGAACUUGAUGUCAUGGAGAGAAUAAAUGAGUUUGAAAUAGGCUUAUCAUUUAUUCUAAAUCAUAGUCGUAAGCAUAAGAAACCCAAAGAAAUUGCAGUGGAAAAUACUUAUUGUGGCCCGUAUAUGUAUGUUUUCUCAUAAACAAUAAUACUCUAACACAGUAAAGAGAUUACAAUAAUUUUACUUUUAGAGUUAUAACUACAAGAAUUUUCAGAUCCUUUCUUAAUGCCAUUGAGGUAGUAAUUAAGUAACAUUUUCAGGUAAAAAUAUGUUAAAUAAUGUGUAAUCCUGCAUAUAUAAUACUUUUAUAAUGUAAAUAAAAACAGCAGUUUUAUUUAUGAUUUCAAAAAAUCUUGCAUCCUGAAAUGUACUGUGGCAAAUAAAAAAAGUUUCUUU